CAUAUUAAUGUAGGCCCUUUAUGAUUGAUAAAUGAUAUUUGCACAACACUGUAUGCUAGAAACUCUAUUUGGUACUACGGACUAUAAUAGACAAUUAGCAGGAAACCUAAGAGUUAAUAUAUCUAUCUUUUAACUUAAGUGGGAUCCUCAGAGACUAUACGUGUUGCAACUUAAAAGUUGAAGAAAUAGUCCUUUAACAUAGUGAUAUGUUAAAUUACAUCUUGCUACUUGUAUUUUAUUUUUUUUAUUCAUUAUGAUUACCUCAGUUAUAAUAAUAAAAUGUAUCUAAAAAGCUUUUGUGAUGAAGCUUCAUCUGAAACUUCAAAUCAAUCUAGUAAUUCAGAAAUAAAUAUUUCUCCGGUAUAUAAUCUUUUAAAUGACAGAGAAACAAUUUUAAGAGAAUUUUUAAAUAAAAGUGGUAUAUAUCUUAUUCAUAACAACGUAAACGGUAAACAAUACGUAGGUAGUGGUACGGAUUUAGCAAAAAGACUUGCUACUUACUAUUUCCCUUCUCGUUUGGUUGAUAAUCGUUAUAUUUCUAAUUCUAUCUUAAAAUAUGGACACGGUAAUUUUUCUGUAGUUAUUUUAUAUGUUUUAGGUAAUACUGAUAUAUCUAUAAAGAAAGAUAUUAUUAGUAAAGAACAAAAGUAUAUUGAUUUAUAUUUACCAGUUCUUAAUUUAAAUCCUAUUGCUGGAUCAAGUAUGGGUUUCAAUCAUUCAGAAGAAUCUAAAAGACUUAUUAAAUCUAAAUUAGGUGCCUUAAAUCCUAUGUUUAAUAAGGAAAAGUCCGAGGAAUUUGUUGCACAUAUGUAUAAAGAUAGAAAAGGUUCUAAUAAUCCUAUGUUUGGUAAAACUAAGUCUGAAGAAACCUUAGCGAAAAUAAGAAAAAAGGUUUAUGUUUAUGAUAGUAACAAACAAUUUAUUAAAUGUUAUGAUAGUAUAAAAUUUGCUGUAAAUGAUUUACACAUAGCUUUUGAAACAAUUAAAAAAUAUUUAGAUACAGAUAAAACAUAUAAAGAUAAAUACUUUUAUUCUGAACUGCAAUAAAUUUAUUUAUUUAGUAGCAAGAAAAG